GUUUACGAUAUGUCUGCGCCCAUUCGGCAUGAAACAAGUUUUAGAAAUUUAUAGACAGUAUCGUUUCAUUUUGUAGUCUAUUGUGUGCCACCAUGUCGGGGAGAAAAGAGGUGUUCAGUUCCGAACUUGACUUCUGCCCACGAUGUGGAACCGUGCUGCCAUUGCCGGAAGUGGAGGAUGUGGUCAUGUGUGCUCUCUGUAGCUUCAAGAUUGAUGUGAAAGAUUUUGAUGGAAUAGAGGUACGGACCAAGGCUGAGUUUAACAGACCAGAAACCAUGUUAGGGAAGGAGGAGGAGGCAGACUCACAACUGAAAGGCCCAAUGGCUGACCGGAAAUGCAGUAAGUGUGAGCAUGAUGGGAUGAUCUACACCACAAGGCAGACUCGCUCCGCUGAUGAAGGGCAGACUGUGUUCUUCACAUGCCCAGAAUGCCGGUUUCAAGAAAUCGAGUAUUCUUGAUAUCCACAUGAUGCCAUUCUAUAUUUUUGAUUUGCUGGGACUUCUAGAAGUUUAUCCUACCUAAUGAAUUACAUUUUAAUAUACAUGUAAAAAAUAAAGCCAAUGACUUAGAAGCAAAGGAAGUUGAAAAUGUGCUAAAUUGUAAUCUAUAUAUAUAUUACAAAAAUAAUGAGAUUUUGGUGAUUAUAUUAUUGUGCUCUUUGAUAGUUUAUAUGAGAGAGUUUCAAAUAUUAAGAAGAACAUAGUCAGGUCCUGUUUUCAGAAUGCUUACAUGUUGUAUGAACUAAUUUGCCUCAGUUAUUAUAUAGGGCUAUUUCAUUUAUGGGUCGGCAGCGAUGCAAAAGUCGAUUGAGUGACCAAAAUUUUAAAUGUUUUAAAUACUCAACUUCUAUUUAGUUUUGAGGUUCAAUAUUUAACAGGCAUGUCUCAUAUAUCCGAUGCAACAUGAAAAGCUGUAAUUAGGAGUUGAGCAUUUUUUUCAAAAGAAUAUUUUAUCAUAUUUCCAAUCAAAAAGCAUUUAUGUUUUCCUAGAAAUGUCUUAAUACAAAAAGAAUAUGUCUGUGAGUCAAAUUGAUCGGAACUGCCCAAUCAACAAUGUCUUUUGGCUUUGUGUUGAUUGCAGCUAUUUUAAAAAAGAUCUAUGCAUUUUUGUAACCCGGAAAUGAAUUUCAUCCGUGAAAAUUCAUUAUUUUUCUGAAUAACCUUCUUAUUUGACAAGCCAUCAUCAAGAUCUCUCAAGACAUUGUUGAAUAAGUAGUCUGGGGCAUUUUGACAUAAAAGUACAAAUGUUGACAGACUUUUCCAUAAUCAUGUGAAUGCUUUUUGAUCCAAAAUCUGUUAAAAAAUUUUUUGUAAAAUUUGUUGAACUCCAGGCCUACCCAAAACAUGUGGCCAAGAAUAAAUGUUUCACCCCACAAAAAGAUUGUUCCUCAAAACUUAUUAAAACAUGUAUUUUUAAAACGUUUUAGUUUUUGACCUUCCCCACCCACUUUUGCAUCGCUACCGGCCCCCUAAAGAAGCAAAUUAACCCUUUUGGGGUCCAAAUUAGAGGUUCAAAGGUACUUACUCUAUUAUGACCCGUGUAUGUGUUUAUAUUUACUAAACAAGAAAUAAAUACAUACUAGCAAAAUAUGAUUUCGGAAUGGAAAAUUGUGUUUAAAAAUAUGUUCAAGCAACAUACAGAACAU